AUGGCUGAAUUCAGAUGGAUUGUAAUGUCUUCAUUUCUGAUGCUGCAGGUGUUUAGCUCUAGAGUGACUGAACACAAUGACACUGAUGAGGUGACGUUAAUCUGCUCUGUGUCGUCAUAUGGAGGAUGUAGACACACAGUGAAGUGGCUGCUUCAGGGUCAAGAUGUGGAUAAAGACCACAAAGACUUGAAGACAUCAACGUCUUCCUGCAGAGCUUCUCUGAUGUUUCUGACUUCUCAUGACGUUUACACAUCGAGGUAUAAGACAGUGAAGUGUGAAGUGACUGAAGGUGACAAAGUGAAGCAGUUUCCUUUCAACAUUCGGCCCUCAGGUGAAAAAAAAGGUGAUGCUGCGACAACGACCACUACAACAUCACCAACAACAACUCUUUCACCAUCGACAACAAGAAAUAAAUCAGGAGUGACGAACAACAAAACAUCUGAAAACAACAGGAAUGUGAAGAAACCAGAAGGCUGGUGGAGGUUCAUCGUUGUGCCUGUGGGUUUAGCAGCACUUAUAAUAAGUGUUGUUACAGUCAACGUAUGGACAAGAACUCACGUGAACAAAACACGGAUGAAUGGAAACAUUGUGUUUAGCUCUAGAGUAGCAACAGGACAACUUUCGCCCUCCUUCACUGUCAGAGAUGGAGAUGAAGUCACUUUGCCUUGUAACAAUGUGUUAGAGGAUCAUAAGAACUGUGACACUACUACGUGGAACUUUGGUCAUUCAAGAAGCAGAGCAGUAGCACUGGUUAAAGACGGGAAGAUUGGUGAAACAGCCAAAGCUAAAUCAGACAGACUGAGUGUUUCAGAGAACUGUUCUCUGGUUAUAAAGAACGUCACAGAUGAAGAUGUUGGUCUUUAUGUCUGCAGACAGUUCAGAUCAGGACCACAAGAAGGUCCAGAUGCUGUGGUUCUUCUGUCUGUUGUUACCAUGACUGAACACAAGGACACUGAUGAGGUGACGUUAAACUGCUCUGUGUCGUCAAAUGAAGGAUGUAGACACACAGUGAAGUGGCUGCUUCAGGGUCUAUAUGUGGAUAAAGACCACAAAGACUUGAAGACAUCAACGUCUCCCUGCAGAGCUUCUCUGAUGUUUCUGACUUCUCAUUACGUUUACACAUCGAGGGAUAAGACAGUGAAGUGUGAAGUGACUGAAGGUGACAAAGUGAAGCAGUUUCCUUUCAACAUUUGGCCCUCAGGUGAAAAAAAAGGUGAUGCUGCGACAACGACGACUACAACAUCACCAACAACAACUCUUUCAACAUCGACAACAAGAAAUAAAUCAGGAGUGACGAACAACAAAACAUCUGAAAACAACAGGAAUGUGAAGAAACCAGAAGGCUGGUGGAGGUUCAUCGUUGUGCCUGUGGGUUUAGCAGCACUUAUAAUAAGUGUUGUUACAGUCAACGUAUGGACAAGAACUCACGUGAACAAAACACGGAUGAAUGGAAACAUUGAGCGUAACGAUGAAGAUGAUGAUGACGGUACGGUGAACUAUGAAAACGUUGGAGACCCUUCUGCCUCCGUCUCACUGCACUGAUGAACAACAUCAACCCACCACAGAGUCCACUGCUGUUAAAUAUCCUCUCAUCAUAG